CCAGGGAAACCGGAGUUUGGUUACUGCUUCUCUUAAACUUCACGGUUUUUGCUAAUGUAAACGUCAUGCAUUAAGUCUUAGUUCCGAGGUCUGUGUGCACCACACGACAUAGAUAAGCUCGUUGAAUGAUAUAACUAGCCGCUGUUUAAUUAAUAGCCAGUGCGCCACCCUUUAUUUUGCAUUUAUAGCUUGGGUGAUGUGCAUUUAUCUUGAGGCCAAGCAUGCCGUUCCUGAAAAAAGCUAGAAAGGAACAGCUGAGCAAACUUUGGGACAAGAAGGCGCAGAAAUGCGGGCUGCGGCACACAGUCUACUCCGUCAACGGGGAAGAGUACACUGGCGAGUGGCUAAAUAACAAGAAACACGGAAAAGGCACCAACAUCUGGAAGAAGACCGGAGUCCUUUAUGAUGGAGAGUGGAAAUACGGACAGCGCCACGGUUUGGGGACGCUAAGCAAGUUGAACCCAGUGUCUAAAGAGUAUGCGAAGCUUUAUUCAGGCGAAUGGAAAAAUGACAAAAGGAAUGGAUACGGGUCCUGCUUCUACAGCGGCUCUGCCCACUACGAGGGCGAGUGGGCUGGGAAUGAGAGGAGCGGCUGGGGCAGGAUGUAUUACGAGAACGGAGACGUGUACGACGGCGAGUGGCUGAGCGAUAAGCCGCAUGGGCAGGGCUUGCUGUGCCUUGCCAAUCAGAACAGGUACGAGGGCACCUGGGAGCAGGGUGAGAAGCAUGGUGCAGGCAAGUUCUUCUUCCUGGACAAAGGUCAACUCUACGAAGGCCUCUGGGAGCACGGCAUUGCCAAAUGUGGAACAGUGACGGACUUUGGGAGAGAGGAGGCCCCCGCUGCCCCUCCAUACCCCAUCCCAGAGGUGCACCUGAUGGACGCACACUCAGUUUUGCUGGAGACAGGCAGCAAUCUGUUUGGAGUAGAAGAGAACCAACCCUUCAGGAGACAAUAGGACAGGGUGACACCAUUUAGGACCCUUCUGAUAUCAUGCCAAAUUCUGUAGCCAAUGAGAGUUUUUACUCAUUGCCAAAUCACAAGAUCAUGUUCAUCAUCAGGCUAUGUCUGCUGACGUAGA